GUUUGGACUCAGAGCAUCAUUAGGCCUGAAAGUGCCCACAUCUAUCAAGCAGGUGACUCAUGCAUACAGAGGGACCAAAAUAGACUAAGAUUGACUGAGACACAUAACAUGGAGGUUACAGUGUUCAACUGCUGGCUCUUUUUUCUGAUGUUUAGCCCUGCUGUUCCCAUGUGUUUGCCCACUGAUUUCACCCUGUAUGUGGAAAAGCCAGAAUGUGAGUUCUGUGUUGCAAUAAACACAACCAUCUGCAUGGGAUUUUGCUACUCAAGGGACAGCAACAUGAGGGAUAUUCUUGGCCCACGUUUCCUUGUCCAGAGGGGCUGCACCUAUGAUAAGGUUGAAUACCACACUGCUAUUCUGCCUGGCUGUCCCAUUGAAGCCAACCCUGUCUUCACCUACCCUGUGGCUCUCAGCUGCCACUGCAGUGCAUGCAGGACUGACACUGAUGAGUGCGCACACAGAGCCAGCAUGGAUGGAACAAAGUGUACCAAGCCUGUUAGGCGUAUCUACCCAUAUCCUGGCCACAGCAACUAUGUUAUCCCUUUUUGACUCACAUGUUCUUGUUCCCAUAACAAGAACACUGUUUUAGUUGUGGAAGUACAUGACAUCCAUAUUCUGAGAAAAGACAAGCGUCAUCAUAUACUGUCAGAUCUGUACCGUCUGUACCUUUCCCAAUUGUACCAGCUUUUUAAAUUCUGCCUUUGUUAGCCAAUAUGUCUGUGCUGCAGGCUUGCUUUUAACUUUACAAUGAGGGUUGAUCCUAGUGCAUUUUUCCUGUUUUCAGCAUCGUUAUAUAUCCAUUUGUACUCUCUUGUGAGCGUGACUCUCAGACUUAUUGUGCUCGGAAAAGGGCAGUCUGAUUACAACUGAA